UGAAGUGGAAAGUGUGGUGAGACACACAGCUUCCCCGUUUACUCAGGCCAUGCCCUUAUACUCUCAUCAGUGGGAAGUUGUAAAACAGAACAAUAACAGAAUCUUUAAGAAAGGGAGAUUGUCUGGGUUUGGAAAGACAUCUGAUGGCUGAUUGGAUGUGGUAAAUUUGUAGGAAUAGACCCGACAAUGGGAGCCACUCUGGCCGGCCAAAGAACCCUGGAGGAUUUCAAACAAGCUCGUACUAAUGAAGACCUUCCACCAAGAGUGGAUGAGAAUGACACAGCAGUAGUGUUGGAUAACUACCCUCCUCCUGAUAUCUGCGAGCCUAUAUUUAGAACGGGAGAUUGGCUGAAAAUAGUGUCGGAGGAAGGGUACUGGUGGAAGGUCUACUCGGUCAACACUAAGGAAGUGAACUAUAUACCACACUGUCACGCCACAAAAGUCUACCAUGGCUGGCUGUUUGAAACUGUGACCAGACCAAAAGCUGAGGAACUGCUGCAACUCCCAGGAAACCGAGUGGGGUCAUUUCUGAUCAGAGAGAGCACAAAAGGUAUGUACACCUUAUCUGUGCGCCACAGAAAAAUUAAGCAUUAUCGAAUAGUUCGAAUGCCAAACAACUGGUACUUCAUCUCUCCACGUCUCACAUUUCAAUGUCUGGAAGAUCUGGUCAACCACUACUCUGAUAUAGCAGAUGGACUGUGCUGUGUUCUAACUGGCCCAUGCCUGACCGCCUGUGAAACACCCCUGAGUAAGAUCACAAAAACACCUAAGGAGAGAAAAGCUUUUGACUGGAGAGCAGUGAACAGCUCGGAGCUCGUCCAACAGAGCACAAGCCCUUCAGGGGUCAGCUAUGGGGUUCAGAACAGUGUCUCUUCCUACCUGUCUUUGCUGGGACAGCAAGAGAAGCCAGAGAAAAAGAGAUUUAGCGUGAAGAAGAGGUGGAGGUCUGUCUACAUGACACAAAACCACCAGCUUGACAGUUUGGCUACUGUGGAAGACAACUAUGAGGAGGUGCUUUGAUAAAUCACAGCUGAUUCGUUCCAGGAGCUCAAAAGCUGAUCGAAGGAUAUAUAAAGGCAUUGUGUGUGGACUGGAAAUAGACAGACUUUUUGUCAGAGAAUCAUCUGAAACAUUUAAAACAGUUCCUCAAGCAAAGCAUGUGUUUAUUUAAACCUAGGCUUACGAAACUUUGAGGCUGAAUGUUUUAAGACGCUUGUGCAACCUUGUAUCAUUAUUUUUAGACUGGCGAACGUUGCUCUUUCUGCAAAUGUGACUACAGACAUGUGACAUAAAACAGUUGUGUAAUGUCACCAGCAGUGGGACUUAAGAGUUCUGUUCUUACCAUUAGUAAAGCUCGGCGGAAAAGUGAUGAAGCUGACGGUGAGGUAAGAUGAAGACUCGCAAUGUCGGCACCGUUUCUCUCUGCCCCUACAGUGACUUUAGUGGGGUCUCCUCCGAAAAGAGCAAUGUUCUUCUGAACCCAUCCCAGAGCAGCUGCCUGGUCCUGCAACCCAUAAUUCCCCGGCAGAGCACUGGAAUCUACACAGAUUCAACAGAAUUCAAUUCACCAUCAGGCAUAUCCAAAUGUGUUUUCCACACAUAUAUUAAAUGGCAAUAAAGCUCAUUCUGAUUCUGAAAGCUGUGAUGCAAGAAGAUUCGAAAUAAAUGACUGAAAAAUCAAGAAAUAAA